UUUCAAGCCAUUCUGUCAUUGAAGUCAACGGUGAAGGAUGUGGUUUGCUUGGGAAAGAAUUCUUCUACCUUGAGUGGACCGCUGUCCCCUAUAUUCUUUGCAUGUCUCCCGUAUCUGUCUUAAUCUGCCUACUCUCACUGAUAAAGAUAACGAGUUCUCCAGUUCAAAAGAAAUGGAGAUGCCUAUCUUUAUGAUCUCGGCAGCUCUCAUGGCACCUUCAUUAACAAGAUUCAGAUGGUUUGUUUCGAUGAUAUUUUUGAACUAAAGGAGUUUAUCUGUAUAUGAUCAGUUAGUGAUGUUAGGGAAACAUGUCAUGGAUCACACUUAAUUUUAUAAAAGAGCACAAGAAAUCACAAGUUAACAACUUCUUUAGCUGUUUUGAGGAGUCAAAACAAUUCUUGAUAAGGGCUCUUGGGGUUAGAAGUGAUGACAAAAUGCAAGACCCAAAAUUUAAGGCUGCUGCUGACAACAUUUUGAGGCUAUGACUCAUGUCCGCGACCCAACUAAAGCAGGGUACAGAUUUGUCCCAAGUAUUUUGUACAAAGGAUGCUGCUCUAUUUGUCAAAAGUUGCAGACCUGAGUUGAUUGUGCAUCCUGUUUUGGAAGAAUCCUAUAGUGUUCGGACAUGCAACAAUGGAAGUACUCUCGUUUCAGAGAAACUUUUCUUAAGCCAUCUGCUUGCAUUUUUUGCUGCAUCUGAUGGGAUUGUUCUGGAAAACUUGGCUGCAAGAUUUCUAAAUGAUGUUCAAAUUCCAGAGAGAUAUAUAGUUUGCUUUUGGAGACCUAUAUCACGGACUCAAGGGAGAAGCAUAGGUUGUUCAAUGCUACUGAAAACAUUCCUUGUGUGGCCGAGAAAGCAAAAUCAGCAGUGGAUUGCAUUCAAAGGAAAUGGCCAACACUGAGUCUUAUAACCAACAGCAGAUAACCUGCUAGCUGGUAAUGUAUGUUUAUUGUACGCUACCCUAUUACUCCCCCCAUGUCAAUUGCAAUCCUUGAUCAAUGGGAAAUUAAUCGUGGCUGAUGAUACUAUAAAUAAUUUGUGCAUAUCCAUGAAGAGAA